GGUGUCUGCUCCAACAAAAAUUGAUCCUCGUCGUCCACCUUUUUCGGCAUUUUCGACAUCCUCGACUGUCUUUCCGGCUUCCCCUCACAGUCCCUCAUCGUUCUAAGAGAAGAACAUGCCUUCCGCUGCGCCAAUCUUCUUUCUCUUCUUACUCUUCUUCAAUCUCUCCUUCUUCCCCACCAUCUGUAGCAGUAGUGAAGCAGCCGUCGCCACCGUGAGCGUGCACAUCGCAAAGGAUCUCUUGGCUUCCGGCCACCGCUUCCUUGAUGUCAGGACAAAGGAAGAGUUCAUUAAGGGCCAUGUAGAAGACGCCGUAAACAUUCCCUACUUGUUCUUCACACCUGAAGGAAGAAAGCAAAAUCCUCGUUUCAUUGAGGAGGUUUCAGCCGUUUACAGCAAAGAUGAUCACAUUCUUGUGGGAUGUCGUAGUGGCGUCAGGUCAUUGAAUGCAUCUAUCGACCUUCUUAAAGCUAACUUUAAGAACGUGAAGAACAUGGAAGGGGGGUUUGUUGCGUGGUUGGAAAAUCGUUUCAACGUGAGGAUACCCGAGGAUGAAUUUUGAAGAUGAAGUGGUCUGUUAAAAAAAUUCCUCUGUUUCGGCUUUAAUGGCAGACGUAGACGUUCUUCUAAUCAUAUGGAUUUUUCCUUCUUUCCAUUGUUUAGAAAAACUUUAUAGUUCAUUGGUCAAUAUUUUUCUUUUCUUUACUGGUUAUGUUACGCUCAUUUUAAGUGUAAGAACGACGCAUUCAUCCA